CUAUACGGAUAGAUGGCCUAUUGAUCGCCUUUAGCAGAACUUACGUAUAGGUAUUACACACAUAUGGACAUUUCACUUUUGAGGGACUUUGUGUCCUGUGACCAUCCGUGUUACGAUUAAUACAACUUCUUGCAUUUUUCUCUCAUUGUUCUAAGUUACACGGAACAAUAUCCAAUAUCAAAAUGUUUCCCAAUCACAUGAAAACGGUCGCACGACUUGCUGUGCAACAGCAGCAGCAACAACAACGCGGUAUGGCCACUCUUAAAGCUAUUUCUAUAAGAUUGAAGUCUGUAAAAAAUAUUCAGAAGAUUACGCAAUCAAUGAAGAUGGUGUCUGCUGCUAAAUAUAAUAAAGCAGAACGUGAUUUAAAACAAGCUCGUCCCCUUGGUGUUGGUGCAAAAAUUUUUUAUGAACAAGCAGAAAUUCAAGCACCAGCAGAUGAGCCCAAGAAACUUGUUAUAGCAGUAACAAGCGAUCGUGGUUUGUGUGGCGCUGUACACACUGGAGUUUCUCGUAACAUUAGGGAUGCUCUGUUGGCAGAUGCCAAUGAACGUGAGAAUACAAAAAUUGUAUGCAUUGGUGAAAAAUCAAGAGCAAUUUUGUCCCGUUUGUUCGCUAAAAAUAUAUUGUUCGUUGCAUCUGAGGUUGGUCGCAAACCGCCUACGUUUAACGAUGCCGCUAGAGUGGCCAUUGAAGUAAUGAAUAGCGGUUACACUUUCGGUUCUGGGCGCAUUAUUUAUAAUCGAUUUAAGUCGGUGGUGUCGUAUGCUGUUGAUCAACUACCACUCUUUGAUAAGAAUGCAGUGGUUACAGCACCUAAGUUAUCAGUAUACGAUUCCCUCGAUGAAGAAGUAAUUCAAAGCUAUCUGGAAUUCUCCCUGGCAUCUUUAUUAUUCUAUUCCAUGAAGGAAGGUGCCUGUAGCGAACAGUCUAGCCGUAUGACCGCUAUGGACAAUGCCAGCAAGAAUGCAGGAGAGAUGAUAGACAAGUUAACUUUAACAUUCAACCGCACUCGACAAGCUGUAAUUACUAGGGAACUGAUUGAAAUUAUUUCUGGUGCUGCUGCAUUGGACUAAAUAUUGUAUACAAUUUUUAAUAAAAUUAAUAUACAAUAGUUGUGAUACGUAGAUCAAGUGAAUGUUAUCAGGCUGGGAUUGUACAGGAAACGAAACUCAAAUUUGUAACAACAAAAAGAAUUAAACGCUUAAAAGUGCAGUAAUAUUUAUGAAUUCGAAUAAGGAACAAACCACUGGGAUGUUAUACAAAUGUUACACUUGUUCAAGUUCUGUUUGAAACUGCCAAAUAAAGUAAAUAAUUCUAU